AUGCAGGAAGGGCAUUUGAGAUCAGUUAACGUUUCCCAUAAGGAGACCCUUCUUAGGAAGUUGAUCCCUAAAUGCAAUGGGUCGGGGACAGAUGAUAGUCUGUGCAUAAAGGUUUUACACGAGCCAAUCUCUGCAGGAGAUAUUCGUCAUGAAGGUGACUCACGAAGACCAAGUAAAGAUACCUAAGUUCAUGAAGAGAAGCCCUUCCAAUGCAAGGAAUGCAGAAAAGUGUUUAACAAGAACUGCCUCCUUGUUUGACAUCUGCAGAUUCACGCUGGAGCACCUUAUGAAUGCCAGGAGUGUGGGAAAGCCUUUCGUGAAAAGGUAUUCUUUGUUCGACGCAUGAGGAUUCACACUGGGGAGAAGCCCUAUAAACGCACGGAGUAUGGGAAGGUCUUCAACCAUGGGUCACACCUCAUGUACCACCAUGGGAUUCACACUGGAGAUAAGCCCUAUGAGUGCAGCAAACGUGGCAAGACCUAAAACUACCGCUCUGCUCUUGUCCAGCACGAUGUGACUCACACUGGAGAAAACCCCAUUGGGGGCAAGGAGCGUGAAAGGAAGGCCUUUCACUACAACUCUUCCUUAACCCGACACAUGAGGAUUCACUCCGGAGAGAAGGCCUGCAAGUGCAGUGGGUAUGGAAAGACCUUCACCUACCACUCUGGUUUUCUCCAACAUAGAAUGACCCACAGUGGAAAGCCCUAUGAGUAUGAAGAAUGUGGGAAAGCUUUUAACUACAGCUAUUCCCUCACUCAGUGCUCGAGGAGUCACCCUGGAGAGAAGCCCCAUGAGUGCCUUAAAUGUAGAAAGGCCUUGGCCUACCACUUUGCUUUCCUGUGCAUAAGAUCCACAUAG